AUGAAGACAUUAUCCUUUACCCUUCUAGCAUUGCUUGCAUUAAUUGUGCCGAUAUCGGCUGUCGAAUUUGAUCCGGUGUCAUUCCGUUUUAUCGAUCCAGUACUCUCUCCAGUGACUCAUACAAAGAAAUUCAACAUAACGGCUGGGAUUCAGACAUACAAUCAAACCAUCAAUUUUGUGUUAGAAAACAACGAUGACCUCAUAUCACAGGACGUGCAGAUCCGAUAUCCCGGUAUUCAUGGGCAGGCCAACGAGGCAGGUGCCCUGCCAGACCCGCAAGUUCGAUUUACAAAAGGAUCAGUCUGGAUGCAGGACGCUUUUAGGGGGAGCCAGGAGAAUGUCGGAUGGGCAAGGCUUGCCGUGAUCCAGCAUGGAGAAAACCUGCUCUUCGAUGGAGCCUUUACAAUUAUGGGUGCGCAAUAUGCCAUCGAGCUUGAGACCCUGGAUAAUGGGUCUACUGCGAUGAAAGCCCACGAGCACGAAUCGGCAUUCACAACUGGCAGCCGAUCGUCACUCCCUGCGCUCUGCGCAACUGCACCCGAAACAGACCUGUAUAAGAGACAGACCUGGAAUGCCUGGGGUGAGAAUCUCACAUCAACGAUCGGCAGUACUUAUGGUUGUCCGAACACGAGAGAGAUUGCAAAUAUUGGCAUCAUGACGGACUGCACUUACACUGCGAGCUUCAAUUCCUCCGACUCUGCCCAUCAAUACAUCCUUAAUAUGGUCAACACUGCAUCUGUGGUAUUUGAGAACAGUUUCAAUAUCUCUCUUGCGGUACAGAAUUUGACAAUAAGUGACGCCGAAUGCCCGACCAGUACCUCAGACACAACUGCAUGGAAUGUUCCUUGCUCCCAGGGAGAUCUUAACACACGCCUUCAGACCUUUUCAACGUGGAGAAGCUCCGUGAAUGACCAAAAUGCAUACUGGACCUUGUUGACUGGGUGUUCAGUUUCUGCUGGAGAGAUUGGGGUGUCCUGGAUUGGAGCACUAUGCAACACGGGCUCUGGCUCUAUUAAUGGAGGAGCUGGUGCCAAUGUCGUUGCUCGAACACAAAAUGAGUGGCAGGUCUUUGCGUAA